AUGACUAAGGUGCGAACUAUUAUUGCCAUAAUAGCAUCACAAAAUUGGCCUCUUCAUCAAAUGGAUGUCAAGAAUGCUUUUCUUCAUGGUGAUCUCAAAGAAGAUAUUUAUAUGAAAACCCCACCUGGUUUGUUCUCAUCAGCUACAACAAAUGUAUGCAAGUUGAAACAGUCUUUAUAUGGAUUAAAACAAGCUCCAAGAGCUUGGUUUGACAAGUUUCAGUCUACUUUGCUUCUAUUCUCUUUUGAGCAGAGCAAAUAUGAUUCAUCUUUGUUUCUUCGAAAAACAACUACAGGUGUGUUCUUGAACCAACGAAAAUAUACUCAGGACUUGAUUGCUUUGGCUGGUCUUCAAGAAUCUUCCUCUGUAAAUACUCCAUUGGAAUUGAAUGUAAAGUAUUGUCGUGCAGAAGGAAAUUUUCUUCCUGAUCCAACUUUGUAUAGGCAAUUUGUUGGGAGCCUAAAUUAUCUUACUAUUGCUCGGCGUUAUAUCUCUUUUGCAGUUCAACAAUUGAGUCAAUUUAUGCAGGCUCAACACCAUCUACAUUUGGUGGCUGUCCAACAUAUCAUUCAAUAUCUCUUGGGAACAUCUACUCGUGGAUUAUUCUUUCCUAGUGGUUCUGAGAUUCAGUUUAAUGCAUUUAGUGAUUCUGAUUGGGCUGGAUUUCCUGCUACUCAAAUUGGAUUUGCUCAGUCUAAUCCCACUCCUCUCCAUGCUGACAACACAAGUGCUAUACAUAUUGCUACUAAUCAAGUUUAUCAUGAAAGGACCAAACACAUUGAAGUGGACUGA